UUAUAAAGUAUUUACUAUUAUCGUGAAAUUGUAUUAAAUACAAUUCAAUGCAAUGGUUCGACAAAAGAUAAUUAUAAAUAUAUUCAAAUAUGUUCAAAUAGUUACAAAGUCUAAUUAUGUUUUUGCUAAUAUGUAUUUAUUACAUCAAAGAAAAAAUAUAUUUAUGACAUAUUUGCAACAAGUUAACAGAAUAAAAAGAAAUUAUAAUACUUAUCAGUGGAAAAAUACACCACAAACUAAAUUUUUUAUUGUAUCAGGUAGUUUUUUUAAUUUAUUUAAACCUAAAGAAGAAAAAGAUGAUAUUGAAGAAUUAAAAAUGACAAUUAAACGAUCAAUUUUAUUAAUUCAGAAACAAGAAUUUCUAAAAGCAGAACAAAUGCUACAUAUUGCUUUAAAUCAAGCUCAAAUUUUACAACAUUAUGAUGGUAUAACUUAUGUAUAUGAUGUAAUGGCAAAUUUAGCAUACGAGAUAAAUGAUUUUAAAAAAGCAGAAAAUCUAUUUAUAUCAGUUUUAAAAAGAUUAAUAGCUAAAGGAGUUCCACAAGAUGAUUUAGCAGUCAUUCAUAUUAGUCUUAAAAUUGCUGAUAUUUAUGAUAAGAUAGGAGAUACACAAAAAGCAGAAAAUGGAUAUAAAUUUUGUUUACAACAUUUACAAAAUCAUUUAAUUAAAGAUAGUCAAAAUCAAGAUAUAUUACAGUUGUUAGGUUUGACAUUGGAAAAAUAUGCAUCUAUGCUUUUUUCACAAUCACAGUAUGCUAAUGCUUUUGAAUAUUUUACUCAAGCUUAUGAUAUAUCUAUAAAAAUAAAUGGUGAAAAAAAUGAACAAACUGUUAUUUUAUUAAAUAAUUUAGGAAGUGUUUGUUACAUGUUACAAAAAUAUGAUCAAACUAUUCAAUAUUUAUCUAAAGCUGCAGAACUAGGAAAAAAAUUACCAGAUAUGAUUGAAUUAAGUUCUGUUUAUGUCAAUUUGGGAAAUACAUUUAUUGCAAAAGGACUUUAUGAAGAAGCAAAAAAAAAUUGUAGUAAAGGAGAAUAUUUAGCAAAAAUUAGAAAUGAUAAUGAAACUAUAAUGGAAGCUAAAAAAUGUUUUGAACAAUUAAAAAGUUUAAUAUCUUAAUAUAAAAUAUUAAAUAUGAUUAUUUCAAAUUUGUUUUAAAUUAUAAAUAAUAUAUUAAAAUUAUGUGUUAUAUUAAAUUAAAUUAUAUAAUAUAUAUUGUAAUUAUAUAUAAUAUAUAAUUGUACGAUAUAUCAAUUUACAUAAUGAGAAAAUAUUAAAUAUAUUUUAUUUAAUAUAAGAUU